CAUCACUAUCCCGGUACAUGCGCCUGCGCAUUGUCGCAACGCCAAUCGCUCUCUCGACAUAAACAGUCGACUUAUUGAGCCUCCCAGGCCACGACGCCAUGGCUCCUUCCUCCAGAUACUCCAGCAAUCUGGGGCAAAUCAUCGAGUACAUUCCCGACCGAUUGUACCUCGCAUCUUACUCUGAACCUCCUACCGAGCAUACCUUGUUUCCCUACCCGGAUCCUGAACCACGGUCCCCGCGCAAGCGCUCUCAACGAACAAUCGACCAGGUCGCGGAGCGUAAGAAGCCAUACUACUUUACUGUCGACGAUACUCUUCUAUAUAAUGCCUUCCACCACGAUUUUGGCCCGUUCCACAUCGGCCACCUUUACCGCUUCGCCCUGCAGUUUCACGAAAUCCUUGGGGCCAAGGAGAACAAAGACAGGCCGGUAGUGUUCUGGAGCAGGGCCGAUCCACGCAGUCGUGCCAAUGCCUCUUGUCUACUAGCUUGCUACAUGGUUUUGAUCCAAUCGUGGCCUCCGCAUCUGGCUCUGGCGCCGGUCGCCCAGGUCGACCCCCCUCUAAUGCCGUUCAGAGACGCCGGCUACAGCCAGGCCGACUACGGCAUCACGGUUCAGGACGUUGUGUACGGCGUUUGGAAGGCCAAGGAGGAAGGCUGCUGCGUGUUGGAGACAUUCGACCUUGACGAGUACGAAAAGUUUGAGAGAGUUGAGCACGGCGACUUCAACUGGAUUACACCCAACUUUCUGGCAUUUGCCUCUCCUCAGCAUACCCCGGUUGCUCCCACCCCUGAGGGGACCGAGCAGUGGUCACUUCUGCCAAAGACCCUAGCCGCCGUCGACGCACAUCCUACGCUGCCGCAGCCCUUCAAAAAUGUCCUCAGGCAUUUCUCGGAGCGAGACAUCGGUCUUGUCGUUAGGCUGAACUCGCAGCUCUACAAUCCCUCGUACUUCGAAGCCCUAGGAAUCAACCACAUCGACAUGAUCUUUGAGGACGGAACAUGUCCUACCCUUUCGACCGUACGGAAAUUUAUCCGCAUGGCCCAUGAAACCAUCUCUAGGAAGAAGGGCAUUGCUGUUCAUUGCAAAGCUGGUCUCGGCCGUACAGGCUGCCUCAUCGGCGCCUACCUGAUCUACCGACAUGGAUUUACAGCAAACGAGGUCAUUGCCUACAUGCGCUUUAUGCGCCCAGGCAUGGUCGUAGGGCCUCAGCAGCAUUGGUUACAUCUGAACCAGGGCAUCUUCCGGGAAUGGUGGAUCGAGGAGCGGGUUGAGCGGAGGCUGCGCAAAGAAAUGGCAGCCGCCGCCGCCGCCGCCGCCGCUCAAGCUAACGGGACAGCGCAUCCCAGCACCCCUAUCCGUGCCGUGUCGAAGACGAGUAUUGGUCGUAGCUCUAGCAAAAACGGCGUGUCCACACCCUCUAACAGAGGAUCAGUUCGGACACCGCUAGGCGAGAUCGACCGGGACUCGGCGCGUGACAAUCACAUCGGCGUACAAGAGGAUUACCUCCCCGCACCUACGCCAGGACAGCCAAGGAAGACGCAGCGGGGCGCAGUAGAUCGCCAGAAAGGAUAUGGCCGGGGAACUAUUCAGACCACUGUGGAGGAAGAACCCGUUCCCAUGACAGAAGUGACAACCGAGGUGAUUACAGUUCACAAGAGCUCAAGAGGGCCGAGUUCAGAGGAGGAAUGGAAUCUUCGAAGAUCUCGGCGAAGACAGUCUGCCGCUCCAACUUCACCAGGACAACACCCCGAACGGUCUGUCACCCACCAAACCGCUACCACGAAAACGACUGUUUAUCAAGUCAUGGAUAAUGAUGCAUCGAACGAUAUCGAGAACAUUGGUACUGCCGCAGCACGAAUCAAGGCCCACGACCACGCUCCACGCACUAGUUCCGCGUCUGGAGUUUUGACCAAGAUACGAGGCAACACUAGUGCGAAACGCCAUCCACCUGGGAGCGUCAGAGAAGCUGGUGUUCGAAAGACGAGUGGACGAGUUGGGAGUAUAGGGAACUCGACAACCAGUCCGGCCGCUGUAUCGGCAAUGCGUAAAAUAAGUGGGAUGUGACCCCAUUCUCAUGAGUCAAGAGACUAUACUUCACUUGAUGAGUUACAAACGAAAGCUCCGAUUCAUUGGCUUCAUGAUUCAUUUGAGAUACAAAAAGAAAAGGUGCGUUCAAGAGCAUAGGGUUAUGCCUUUGGGAGUCUUGGGUUUCUCAGUGGCAGCAAGCAAACUUGGAGCAUUCAGCGAGCGAGAUGCAGCAUACUGUUUUAACCAUCACGUUUGCAUGAUCAGCACUUCAUUU